GCCACACACGGCGCCCGGCGUUCAGGAAGAGGAGCGGCAGCGGAGGCGGCGGCCACAGCGGCGGGCGGGCACCAGAAAGGCCCGGGUCGAAAAGCCUGGGAGGGCCGCCGACCUACCCCCGGAGGAGGAGCCAGUCGGAGCCCAAGGCGCCACCGCCGCCGAAGCCGCGCGGAGCAGCUUUCGCCUUCAUGGCCCACUCACCGGUGGCGGUCCAAGUGCCGGGGAUGCAGAAUAAUAUAGCCGACCCAGAAGAACUGUUCACAAAAUUAGAGCGCAUUGGAAAAGGCUCCUUUGGAGAAGUUUUCAAAGGAAUUGAUAACCGUACCCAGCAAGUGGUUGCUAUUAAAAUCAUAGACCUCGAGGAGGCCGAGGAUGAAAUUGAAGACAUUCAGCAAGAAAUAACUGUUUUGAGUCAAUGCGACAGCUCAUAUGUAACGAAAUACUAUGGAUCAUAUUUAAAGGGCUCAAAAUUGUGGAUAAUCAUGGAAUACCUGGGUGGUGGUUCGGCACUGGAUCUUCUGCGAGCUGGUCCAUUUGAUGAGUUCCAGAUUGCGACCAUGCUAAAAGAAAUUUUGAAAGGUCUGGACUACCUGCAUUCAGAAAAGAAAAUUCACCGAGACAUAAAAGCUGCCAAUGUCUUGCUCUCAGAACAAGGAGAUGUCAAACUUGCUGAUUUUGGAGUUGCUGGCCAGCUGACAGAUACACAAAUUAAAAGAAACACCUUUGUGGGAACACCAUUUUGGAUGGCUCCUGAAGUUAUUCAGCAGUCAGCUUAUGACUCAAAAGCUGACAUUUGGUCCCUGGGAAUCACCGCUAUUGAACUAGCCAAGGGAGAGCCACCGAACUCUGAUAUGCAUCCAAUGAGGGUUCUGUUUCUUAUCCCAAAAAACAAUCCUCCAACUCUUGUCGGAGACUUUACUAAAUCCUUUAAGGAGUUUAUUGAUGCUUGCCUGAACAAAGAUCCAUCAUUUCGUCCUACAGCUAAAGAACUUCUGAAACAUAAAUUCAUCGUAAAAAAUUCAAAGAAGACUUCUUAUCUGACCGAGCUGAUAGAUCGAUUUAAGAGAUGGAAGGCAGAAGGACACAGUGAUGAUGAAUCUGAUUCUGAAGGCUCUGAUUCGGAAUCCACCACCAGGGAAAAUAAUACUCAUCCCGAAUGGAGCUUUACCACCGUGCGAAAGAAGCCUGAUCCAAAGAAGCUACAGAACGGGGCAGAGCAAGAUCUUGUGCAAACCCUGAGCUGUUUGUCUAUGAUAAUCACACCUGCAUUUGCUGAACUUAAACAGCAGGAUGAGAAUAAUGCUAGCAGGAAUCAGGCAAUUGAAGAACUAGAGAAAAGCAUUGCCGUGGCCGAAGCUGCCUGUCCUGGCAUCACAGAUAAAAUGGUGAAGAAAUUAAUUGAAAAAUUUCAAAAGUGUUCAGCAGAUGAAUCCCCCUAAGAAAUGUCUUGUUAUUGGCUUCUCUUUCAUAUGGACCCAGAGAAACCCACCAAAGCUACUUCAAGCUUAACAAUGCUUAACUCAUGAGCUCCAUGUGCCUUUUGGAUCUUUGCGACAUUGAAGAUUUGAAAGAAGCUAUUCAACUAUUUUGUGAUGGUGUUUAUCAUUUUAUAUUUUAAAGAGAUUAUUUUGUAAGAAAUAACUUUUAAUACUAUAGUUUCAGCUGUAUUCUAGAAAAGGUUGAGAUACAGUUUUGCUUUUAGGUAUCAUUAUUACUUAAGUUACUAGGAUGAAUACCUUUCAUGUUUUGAUCUUUAGUUAACUGUACACUCAUGAAACAUACAGGUAUUUCACAGUCAUCCUAAAUAUUCAACUUUCGUAAGUCAUCAAGCUUCAAAAA